AUGGAGGCGAAAAUGCUGCGUGUGCCGCUCUUGCGAGAAGGGGGCGCUGGCACCAAGCCUCUUCUGGUGGCACACCGGGGUGGGGCUGGCGAGGCCCCUGAGAACACCCUGGAGAGUUUGAAGUACUGCAUGGACCAAAAGGUGCCCUUGGUCCAGAUGGACGUGAUGCAGACGAAAGAUGGGCAGCUCGUUCUGUUUCAUGACCUGCCUCUUGAGAAGAACUUGGAGAAACUGACCGGUGUCGCCGGUGAUAUUUCCAACUACGACUACGACGCGCUUCCGGACUUCAAGACGGAGUUCGAAGCCUCACCCUUCUUCCCUCCUGGUAGCAAGCCAGUGCCUGUGGGGCAGAGGCGCAUGAGCCUCUUCAGAGAUGCCUGCCGCGCCCUUGCCACGUCGGAGCACACCGAUAUCAUCCUCGAGUUCUGGCAGGAAUCGGAGGCCGUAGUCCUAGAAACCUUGAAAGUCCUUCGCGAGUUCGGCCUACAGAACCGCGUGGCGGCGUGGGGCUCUCCGGAAAUCGCUGCGAUACAGCAGUGGUGCCGCAAUGCGUGUCCGGAGAUUCCCGUGAUCGUCACCUUCAAACAGUCCUUCGUCGUCUGGUUUUUCUGGAACGUCGGGUUGCUGCGCUUCCCGGAUUCGGCAUUCAACCAUCUUCUCCCCAAGGAUGCGGAUACCCGACGUCGCGGCUGCUCCCCUUCUUUUCCGAGCAAGAGCCCCGAGUGGUGUUCAACGUGCUCCAUGUGUCUGAGGGCCUCCCCAGCGCGAUCUUCAAGCUCGCCAAAGUCGAUCCGGACCGAUCGCCACUGCGCGCCGGCGUGA